AUGGGGCGGACGGGCUGGAAGGGGCUCUGCCUGUCGCUGUUCGACUACAAGACCGAGAAGUAUGUCGUCGCCAAGAACAAGAAGGUGGGCCUGCUCUACAGGCUGCUGCAGCUCUUCAUCCUGACGUACCUGGUCGUAUGGGUGUUCAUUAUAAAGAAGGGUUACCAAGACGUGGACACCUCCCUGCAGAGUGCUGUUGUCACCAAAGUCAAGGGCGUGGCCUUUACUAACACUUCGGCGCUCGGGGCGCGGCUCUGGGAUGUUGCCGACUACGUCAUCCCAUCUCAGGGAGAGAAUGUCUUCUUUGUGGUCACCAACCUGAUCGUGACCCCCAACCAGCGGCAGAAGACCUGUGCUGAGAGAGAAGACAUUCCUGAUGGUAUGUGCUCUGAGGACAGUGACUGCCACCCCGGCGAGGCUGUUAUAGCUGGACAUGGAGUAAAGACGGGCCGCUGCCUGCGUGCGGGGAACCCAGCCAGGGGCACCUGUGAGAUCUUCGCCUGGUGCCCACUGGAGACCAAGUCCAGGCCAGAGGAGCCGUUCCUGAAGGAGGCUGAAGACUUCACCAUAUUCAUAAAGAACUUCAUUCGGUUCCCCAAAUUCAACUUCUCCAAGAGCAAUGUGAUGGACAUCAAGAACAAAUCUUUCCUGAAAUCCUGUCACUUUGGCCCUGAGAGCCACUACUGCCCCAUCUUCCGACUGGGGUCCGUGAUCCGCUGGGCAGGGAGCAACUUCCAUGAAAUGGCCCUGGAGGGUGGUGUGAUAGGAAUUCGUAUUGAAUGGAACUGUGAUCUUGAUAAAGCUGCCUCUGAAUGCCACCCUCACUAUUCUUUUAGCCGUCUGGACAACAAACUUGCAAAGUCUGUCUCCUCUGGGUACAACUUCAGGUUCGCCAGGUACUACCGAGACGAGGCUGGGGUGGAGUUCCGCACCCUGAUGAAAGCCUACGGGAUCCGCUUCGAUGUGAUGGUGAAUGGCAAGGGUGCUUUCUUCUGCGACCUGGUACUCAUCUACUUAAUCAAAAAGAGCGAGUUUUACCGUGACAAGAAGUACGAGGAAGUGAGAUCAUAUCCUCCAGACAAUGUCCUGGAGGCCGAGGAGGAGGAGGAGCCUGGCACGGGGCUGUCAGAGCAGCCUGCCUCCGGGCCAGGGCUUCAGGAGCAGCUGGAGCAGCCCAGGGCACAGCACGGAAGCAGCGUCCGGAAGGGGAAUGGCUGUGUGUGCCCGCAGAGCCUGGAGCCCAGCAGGUCUGGCCACCCGGUGAAUGUGGAGCAGCUGCAGACCCUGCAGACAGUGGAGACGUAG